AUGGUUAAAACCAAAAAAAAAGUUGGAACAGCUAAGAGAAGCACUCAAGCCGAAGAGCCAGUUGCCCAAGAAGAAGCUACGCGAUCACAACCUGAAGCAGAUGAAGACAGCUCUUCUAGUGAUGAAGGACCGGAAUGGACGGCUGAUGAUGAGAAAGCUUUCUUGAAAACCUUAGGAGCCUUGAAAAGUAAAACUGAAAGUAUUUAUGAUAGCAAAAAGAAUUUUUGGAACGAGGAAGGAACAUCUUCAUCCGCGAAGGCAACGAAGAAGGAGAAAACUAAGCCGAUGUAUCUCAAAGAUUAUGAGAGAAAGCUUGUGCUUGAAAAAGACGGACAAAUUGAUGAUAGCGAGGAGGAUGAUGAUGAAGUAGAUGCUACCCAACAACCUGGAUACUAUGAAGAGCAGGAUGCCAUCAAGAAACAAUUGAAAGCUGCCAUUGAUGGUAUAGAAGAGGAUGAUGGGGAAACUCUGUUCAAGAAACGAGAGAAAACUGUAGAAGACAAGAGUAAAGAGGAGUCUGAUUAUUAUGAUUGGAUCAAGAAUAAGAAGAAGGGAGUGAAAGUUGAGAAAGAAAUAGAAUCACUCAAAAAAGUUUGGGAUAAUCCACAGCUCGAAGAUGAUGAUAAGUUCCUUCGCGAUUAUCUUCUCAAUAAGGAUUACGAAACCGAUGAGAAAUUCGAAACUCCAACUUACGAUGAGAUCAUAGAUGCUGAAGAGGAGGAAGAGCAAAUGGAAAGAGAGAGGGAAUACGAACGAAAAUACAAUUUCCGUUUUGAGGAACCUGAUCAAGAAUUUAUCAAACAAUAUCCUCGAAGUGUCAGUGAAUCUCUGAGAAGAGAGGAUAAGAAAACGAAACGAAAAGAGAAGAGGUUAACGAAGAAGGAAGAUAAGCUGAAAGAGAAGAAGGAAAAGAUCAAGGCUUUGAAAAAGAAACAAGGGGCCACUAAGCAUUUGAUUGAAGAGAAACUAAAGCGACUAAAAGAAGUAACGGGAGAUGACAUCCCAAUAAACCUUGACGACUUGAAGGGUGAUUUUGACCCAGCUGAGUAUGAUAGGCGCAUGCAGGAAUUAUUCAAUGAAAAAUAUUAUGGCGAAGAUGUUAACUAUGAAGCUGAUGAGCAGAAGCCAGUUUUCAGUGAUAUGGAAGACUUCGAUGAGGAUGGCUUCGAGCGAGAACCAGAAGAGAAGAAAGUAAAGAAGGUUUCAAAGACGAAAGCAGUAAAGGGGGAAGAUGAAGAUGGUUCAAAUGAAAAGCAAGAAGCAGCUGAGCAAUCUGAAGAUGAAGACGAUUACGAGUCUGAGAUCAGAGGUCCUAGAAGAAAAGAAUCUAAAAGAAAGCUGAAAAGAAGAAAGCUCUUGGAAGAGUCAAAGAAGAAGAAACCUUUGUUCGAUCCAUCUGAGAAAACUUUUGAAGAAUAUUUUGAUGAAUAUUAUGCCAUGGACUUCGAGGACUUGAUUGAGGAUCAACCCACGAGGUUCCGGUACAGAAAUGUAGUACCUAACGAUUUUGGUCUUACUGCUGAUGAAAUUUUGAAUGCUGAUGAGAGAAACUUAAACAGCUGGGCUUCAGUUAAGAAGGCUAUAAGUUACCGAUCAGACGAUCAAGAACUUUUCGAAGUGCAGGCUUAUAAGAAGAAAGCACGUAAUGCACAAAUGAAGAAGAGGAUCCUAGGCGACUUGUAUAAGAAAGAUGACGUAGAGAUGGAUGCAGAAGAAGCAGGUGAAGCAGGAGAGGAAGUUGAAACUAAGAAGAAGAAGAAAAAAGGCAAAAAAUCCAAAGAAAGUCACGCUGAUGCUGGAAACGACCAGGAGUACGCUGGAGACAACGAUGUCGCACAUGAAUAUCCAGAAGAAACCGAUGUCGCUCAGGAAUAUCCUGAAGAUUCUGCGCAUACUGAAAACGUGAACAACGAGACCAACACUGAGAAAACAGCCCGUCGAAGAAAGAAGAAGACUGCUCAAGCUAACGGAAAACUGCCUGCUCAAGAAGACCAUCAGAGCGAAGAACAACAGCCAGCGAGACAGAAUCCUCAGAAACGAAAGAAUGAAGAUGGAGGAGCUCCACAUAAAUUCACAAAGAAAUCGAAGAACACGAACGCAGCACCAGUUGUUUCCGAUGAAAGACUACGUGCGUAUGGAAUCAAUCCUAAGAAGUUUAAUGCCAAGAUGAAGUAUAAGUCGCGUAAAACAGAGGGAGAAUCGGCUCCAGUUUAA